AUGGCUGUCACUCAGAACGGACACUCCAACGGCACCGCCAACGGCAACGCUACCAACGGCCACUCGAACGGCCACGCCAACGGUAACGGCAAGGCCGCCCACGAGGACUACGCCUGGGCCACCCGCGUCAUCCACGCCGGCUCCGAGGCCAACGAGGAGACUGGCGCCGUCAUCCCGCCUCUCUCGCUCGCGACGACCUUCAAGCAGAGCGCCGUCGGCGUCCACAAGGGCUUCGAGUACACUCGCUCGCUGAACCCGAACCGUCUCGCGUUCGAGACGCAGAUCGCGUCGCUCGAGCUCCCCACGCCCCCGGCGCUCCACAUGAGCCAGGCCGAGCGCGUCGCUGAGGAGAACCUCCCCCCGGCGCUCGCUUUCGCCUCCGGCUCGGCCGCGACCCAGGCCAUCGUCACCGCCCUCGUCCCCACUGGCGGCCACGUUGUCUCGAUCGCCGACGUCUACGGUGGCACCUACCGCUACUUCACCAAGGUUGCCGCCGCGCAGGGCAUCAAGACGACCUUUGUGCACCUGUCUGCCAAGGCUGGUGAGACCGCCGAGGCUGCUUCGGAGCGCGCCAACUCGUCGCUCGAGGCCGCGUUCACGCCCGAGACCAAGCUCGUCUGGGUCGAGACGCCGACGAACCCCACCCUCGGCCUUGCGGACAUCAAGGCCGUUGCCGAGAUUGCGCACCGCCACGGCGCCCUCCUCGUCGUCGACAACACCUUCAUGUCGUCGUUCUACCAGCAGCCGCUCCGCCUCGGCGCGGACAUUGUCGUCCACUCGGUCACCAAGUACCUGAACGGCCACUCUGACAACGCCGGCGGCGCCGUCCCUGGUGCGCACGACGCCUGGCUCGCGCAGCGCGGAGCCAAGACGCUCGGCGUGCGCAUGAAGCAGCACGGCCUGAACGCGCUCGCUGUUGCGCGUUUCCUCGCCCAGCAGAGCUGGGUCAAGGUCUCGAGGGGGCCGAGCGCGCGCCCGUGCGCGAGCUGGCGUGGGCGCAGCUCUCGCCCGUCGCGCGCCGCUGGGCCGAGGCCCAGGGCUACACCAAGGACACCGGGUUCCCGUACGGCGGCAUGGUGUCGUUCCGGCUCGACACGCAGGCGCUCUCCGCCGGCGUCGAGGCGGGCAAGACGUCGUCCGACUUCCUCGCCGCGCUCAAGGUCUUCACCCUCGCCGAGUCGCUCGGCGGCGUCGAGUCCCUCGCCUCUCAUGACCCACGCCUCUGUCUCCGAGGCCGACCGCAAGGAGCUCGGUAUCGACAACGAGCUCAUCCGUCUCUCUGUCGGAAUCGAGGAGGUCGAGGACCUCCUCGCCGACCUCGAGCAGGCCAAGGUCGCCGCGUCCGCUUAA